AUGUUUGGUGGCACAGAAGAAGACGUCAAAUCUAGGCUUGGCAAAGCUACUGAUGUUGUAAGCAGUAUCCUGAACUCAGGCGGUCCCCACACAGAGUGUGACUGCAGUGGUCGACAGUGUGAGUGGUUCGUGUUUGACCACGAGCUGGUCAUGCCCGAGUAUGUCAUCGACUUCGAGUACAUCACAAGGCAAAAGCCCAGAUCGCCAUUCUCAGUUAGCAGUGAAGGGACAGUGACCAGCAGCAGUACGACUACAGAGAACAAAGCCCAGCCUCAGCCCCAGCAGCCCUUCUUCCCUCAGGACCCGCAGGUGGAUGAUGAUGUCCUCCAGAUGAAGCCAGAGAUCACUCCAAGGCCAAGAUUGCUGGAGUUGACAGAAGAUCUUGUCUUGAAGAUGACCAAAGCUUCAUCCUUACCUGCAGUGACUAUGCUGAAUCUUCAUGCCAAGGGUCUACGCCGGCUCAAGAACUUGUCCUCUAUGCCGUCCCUCAAGAGGCUUGUGGUGAGCUUCAACGAACUCAACAAACUUGAGGAUGUCGCACACUUGACCAACUUGGAGUACCUGGAUGCCAGCUUCAACAAGCUGACUUCUCUGGAGGGUGUAAAGGGCUUGUCUCGCCUGAAGACUUUGGACAUCAGCUGGAAUGAGCUGAGUAACACCAGGGAUGACCUGUCCAUCCUACGUAAGCACACUCCCAACCUCACCUCACUGGACCUCAGGCAGAAUCCAUGGCAGAAGCCUGAUGACCUCAGAUUAAGGACCAUCGGCAGACUGAAGUCCCUGACCAAGCUAAAUGGUGUAACGGUGACAGAAGCAGAGGCAACGGCAGCACUGAGGCUGGCAGCAGGCUCCAGAAUAUCACAGGUGUCGUUACUAGCCCACUCCAGGACGGACGGGUUACGGCCGCGCAGCUUGAGUCUGGCGCCGUACGCACAGAUCCUGACCCAGGUCAGCAGGAACAAGCCUGACCGUGCUGGGGAACAGGACAGCUUCUGGUACAACAAGGUGACCACCUUGAACUUGGAUGGACAGCACAUCAGCAAGUUGUCCAACCUGGAGAAGCUGGAGAACUUGAGAUGGGCGUCCUUCAAUGACAACGACAUCACCCGCAUCGAGGGGCUGGACAGCUGUCAGCAGCUGGAGGAGCUCAGUCUGGAGGGGAACUGCCUGACUAGGUUGGAAGGUCUUUCCAAGCUUGUGAGGUUGAGAAGACUGUCCCUGGGCAGUAACAGAAUAGUGACCCUGGAUGGGGCGGGGCUGGACAAGCUAACCCAGCUGCAUUACCUGUCUGUGGAGAACAACAGAGUCAACUCCCUCCAUGGGCUACAGAAGGCCACGGCCCUGAUCGAGCUGUAUGUGGGCAACAACAACAUCUUUCUCUUAUGCCCAUUUCUAUGUUAUCUGACUGAUUUUUUUCUUUUUUUUUUGCAGGCACUUCCCAACUUUGUUAUCCUGGACCUGUUUGGGAACCCUGUAGCACAGCAGGCAGAGAACUACAGACUGUUCAUUGUGUACCAUCUCAAGUCACUCAAAGCCCUGGAUGGGGUAGCCAUUGAGUCUUCCGAAGGGGGCAUAGCCAAGGACACAUUUGGUGGCAGACUGACCCAGGACUUUGUGGCUGAGCACAUCGGCCAUGCCAACUUCCAUGAGCUGCGUGAGCUGGACCUGCCUCACCAGGCCAUCAGACAUGUGGACAUGGGCAAGGUGGACGUCUUCCAGAGCCUCAGAAGUGUGAAUCUGGAACACAAUAACUUGACUUCCUUCAGUGGACUCAUCUACCUGACCAAUCUCAGGGUGUUGUGUUUGAAUCACAACCACAUCGAGUCGGUGGUGGCCCGCCCUAAGGGCUCCCAGCACCUGAAGCCCACCCGAGUGACAGUGACUGCAGCUGGCAUCAGUGGCAUCCCCCGCCCAGGGGUGGAGCAGUACGCUCCGGAGAACUUCACUCCGCUCAUGGAGAAUCUGGAGGUCCUCCACCUGGGGUACAAUAACAUCUCCAACAUGGCAGCACUACAACUCACCAGGCUGACCGGCCUCAAGGCUCUCUUCCUCCAAGGUAAUGAGAUCACCAAGGUGGAGGGUCUAGAGGGGUUGCAGGACUUACGUGAGCUGGUGCUGGACAGGAACAAGAUCAAGGCUCUGGCGGAGGGCUCCUUCAUCAACCAGUGGAACCUGCAGGAGCUGCACAUGGAGGAGAACAGACUCAGGGACCUGUCACACCUGUCCUACCUGGAGAACCUGCAGAGACUUUACCUGGGCAUGAACAGACUACAGGAAAUCUCAGAGCUGGAGAAGCUGGAGGGUCUACCCAACCUGAUCGAGCUGUCAGUGGUGAGCAACCCUGUGUCUCGACGGCUGAUGCACCGCCCGAUGUUGGUAUACCGCAUGCCCCACCUCACCAUCAUUGAUGGGAUCCCAGUCAGUCCAGAGGAGAGGACUAAGGCAGAGAUCUACUUUAUGGAGCAGCAGCCAGCGAUGGUGAGCACGGGGGAGGGGAGCCUUCCAGGGAUCACACCGUACAGGGGACAGGUGCAGACGGGCCAUGGGAUGAUCAGGGUGACCAACGUGCAGCUGAACUCAGCGCCAGACAGGCACUGGAGCACCACCAUUAGCUACGGUACAGGCGGGCAGACCGAUCAUGAUGUACAGGAUAGCCUGAGAGGUCCGCCCCAGAGACGUAACUCGGACCGUAACAGUGGUGGUGGCAGCCGCGUGGAUGGUCACCAGAAUGCGCACCUCCCUGGAUCCCGCUCCCAGUACCCCUCUCACCAGGUCCCCUACAUCCCACAUAACCCUAGGAAGUAGACUCACAAUACACACACUGUGUUUCUUCUUCAGUUUAAUCUGUUAAACAGCCCUUACACAUUGCCCUUGGAAGGGUGACUGGCCUACCCGUAACCUUCUCCUUGCUACUUAAUCUCAUAACCAGUAUAAUUUUGAAGCCAAAAAACCUUAGCAGGGAGAAGGUUAAAGUAGUUGGCCCAAACCCUUAUAUUGUAACCUCAUUCCUUCAUCAGCAAAAUCUGUACCAAGCACUGAUCAAUAUACAAUGUACCAAUCUAUAUGAAACAAGAUAACAUACAGGGUGGAAAAGAUGUAAAAAAGCUAAGAAGUCUACCUUUAAGUUACUAAGGUAUUUAAGUAAAAGUAGAAUAGUAUGUAUAGAAUAUAAUGCUAAGCGAUAUACAAUGUACAAU